CGAAUGUUGCGAAACAAAAUCCACGCGAGAGUUGGUGACAUCGUUCAGCGACACGUCAGCCACACGGAAGAAGGUCUCCAUCCAACUUGCCAGUGUUGUAUUGCUGAUAUAAGUACCGUAGUGUUAUCGAAAUGGGUGGUUUCUUCUCUAGUAUCUUUUCGGGCCUGUUCGGCACCAGGGAGAUGAGGAUUUUGAUCCUGGGUUUAGACGGCGCAGGAAAAACAACCAUUCUGUACCGGCUGCAGGUCGGAGAGGUUGUCACCACAAUCCCCACAAUCGGCUUCAACGUCGAGACAGUCACAUACAAGAAUCUGAAGUUCCAGGUGUGGGAUCUGGGAGGACAGACGAGUAUCAGGCCCUACUGGCGGUGUUAUUACUCAAACACAGAUGCAGUCAUAUACGUCGUUGAUAGCAGUGACCGCGACAGGAUGGGCAUCUCAAAGUCUGAGCUGGUGGCCAUGUUGGAGGAGGAAGAGCUAAAGAAAGCUAUCCUGGUGGUAUUUGCAAACAAGCAGGACAUGGACCAGGCAAUGACGCCCACUGAGGUGGCCACCGCUCUGGGCCUUCCUGCCCUCAAAGACAGAAAAUGGCAGAUCUUCAAGACCUCGGCCACAAAGGGCACGGGCCUGGAUGAGGCAAUGGAAUGGCUGGUGGAUUCCCUGAAGAGUCGACAGUAAAGGCUUCCACCCAGUCUGUAUAUACUCCUGACCUUUGACCCUUCUGUAUGAAGCCUUGUGACUGACCCUUGGACCAUUGAUUGCACUCCUCCCCACUUCAACCCACCUGAAGCCUUGGCCAAGCCCUCCCAAUGCCUAACGCCUUUCAAGCCUGGGACUUAGAAGCGAAGGCUGCAGUAAUGUCUGGACCGGACACAAACACAAUGAGCCCCAUCUCUCCCAAUGCUGGUGGCACAAGUGAAGGUUUUAGAGAGCUGUAUGACUUCAGUGAUGGAUGGGCAGCAAGUUAGUAUCUACAUUUUUGUGUUUUGCAAAUGCAAAAAAAUCCUAAACACCUGUGAACAGACAUGUUAAAUGUUGCUAAUUUUAUCAAUCCAUUUGUAAAAGUGUCAACACUCAUAAGUUAUCAUGCAUCAAGAGGAAUCAAUAAAUACGGCUCUGUGAAAAGCCUAUCCACACUGACCCUCUGUAGCAUUUCUAAAAUCAGGUGUCUUCACUGGACAAUGCAUCAGUUAGCUUCAUCUUCUCCCUGAGGUGUUAAGUCAUUUGCAUGUGGUGAAGCCAGAAGAUGAUCAGUAGUUGAUGGGCACUAAUGUCAGCAAAAAGAUGCAAUGAAGAUCCACCAGGAGGCAACCAGAGACGAGGACACAUCAUCACUGAGAAGCAGCUGCUUGAUUGCCAACUCAGACAAUUUUUAAAUAGUAUGCUGGACUAGCCAUACAGUACUGAAUUUCCAUGUUCAGUGCAGCAAAUAUGAAAUCCAACUCUGUAAACAAUCUGCUGGCUUGUAUGAAAUGUUCUGAUUUACUUUGGGAAAUCCCAAAUUUGUGCUCAAACUGUUUAAAAAAAAAAAAAAAAAAAAAACUCCAUAUCUACUAUGUCCUCUGGCCAAGUGUUACUGCAGCCUGGGCUGUUUUUGUACUAUAUAGUGAGGCAGAUGCGAUGCCAUGGAUUUCUAUUGUUUUUUCCUCCUGUUCAUUUGUGUUGUUCCCACUUAAAAAAAAAAAAAAAAAAUUGUAGUACAGCUGAGUACAGCUUUGGUAUUUUAGUUACUGAACACUAACUGCAUGCUCGAAGUUUUAUGGUUGCAUAUUUAUAUCUGCUUGUACAGUGAAAAUGGUUCUCAGUAAAGAUUCCUAUCAGUGAUUGUA